UCCUUCGCGCGAGGCGGAAAACUUGCCAUUGAUCUCAGCUUGCGUUUCGCUGCUGUGGGCCACUCCGCGUGCCGGUCGGUCCUUCUCCGGGGCCCAUGGCGGCCCCCGAGCAGCCGCUGCCCGCGGCCAGAGGAUGCCCGAGCUCCGCUUCGCUGUCCCCGCCGCGGGGCGACCGAACCCUCCUCGUGAGGCACCUGCCGGCCGAGCUGACCGCGGAGGAGAAAGAGGACUUGCUUAAGUAUUUCGGGGCGCAGUCCGUGCGCGUCCUGUCCGAUAAGGGGCGACUGAAACAUACAGCGUUUGCUACUUUCCCUAAUGAAAAAGCAGCUGUAAAGGCACUGACAAGACUCCACCAGCUGAAACUUCUAGGUCACACUUUAGUUGUUGAAUUUGCAAAAGAGCAAGAUGAAGUUCAUUCCCCAUGUCCCUCUUCAGGCACAGACAAAAAGAAAAGGUCUGAGGAGCCUGUGGAAGAUGAUAAGGAAAAGAAAGAACUUGGUUGUUUGACGAUAGAAAAUGGGAUUGCACCAAACCACGGGCUGACGUUUCCUCUGGACUCCUGCCUCAAGUACAUGUACCCCCCGCCGUCCAGCACCAUCCUCGCCAACAUAGUGAACGCCCUGGCAAGCGUGCCCAAGUUCUACGUCCAGGUGCUUCAUCUUAUGAAUAAAAUGAAUUUGCCCACACCUUUUGGACCAAUCACUGCACGACCUCCCAUGUAUGAAGACUAUGUGCCGUUACACGCCCCUCUACCACCUGUGUCUCCUCGGCGCCCGGAGGAACCGCCGUUGCCGGACGAGGACGAGGACUUAUCUAGUAAAGAGUCCGAAUAUGAAAGCAGCGAUGAGGAAGACCGACAGAGAAUGGCCAAACUAAUGGAAUUGGCAAAUCUUCAGCCCAAAAGACCAAAAGCAACAAGACAGCGCCAUGUGAGAAAAAGGCGGAAGAUAAAGGACAUGCUGACCACACCUGCUCCCGUCUCUCACAGUGUACACCCGGUGCUGUCCCCGUCGGAUGUAUUCGAUCAACCACAGCCGGUCGGGAAUAAAAAGAUUGAGUUCCAUAUAUCCACCAACAUGCCGGCUGCAUUUAAGAAAGAGUUAGAAAAGGAAGAUGAUUUUGAAGAACAAAAUCCUGAUUUACCUGCUGCCCAAGGUGAUGCGUCCACUGUGGGAUUUGGAAAGAUCUUCCCCAAACCUAACCCGAGCGUCGCCGAGGAGAGUAAGGAAGACUCUGACGAGACGCCGUCCGAGUGCAUCUCCAGGCGGGAGCUGGAGAAGGGCCGGGUCUCUAGAGAAGAAAUGGAAACGCUUUCGGUUUUCAGAAGUUAUGAACCCGGUGAACCAAACUGUAGGAUUUAUGUAAAGAAUUUAGCUAAACAUGUUCAAGAAAAGGACCUUAAAUUUAUUUUUGGAAGAUAUGUUGACUUCUCAUCAGAAACACAGCGGAUAAUGUUUGACAUCCGCCUGAUGAAGGAGGGCCGCAUGAAAGGACAGGCCUUCAUUGGGCUCCCGAACGAGAAAGCAGCAGCAAAGGCCUUGAAGGAAGCUAACGGAUAUGUUCUUUUUGGAAAACCUAUGGUGGUCCAGUUUGCUCGAUCUGCUAGACCAAAACAAGAUUCUAAAGAAGGAAAAAGAAAGUGAUACAAAUUGGUAAAGAAGCACUCCUGCGUAAAUACCGCUGUAAUACUGUCAUGCAAAGCGUAUCCUUUCUCGUAUCCUUUUGGGGGCAGUACUUUUGUUUUUUAUUUUUCUUAGAAAUAUUUUGUCCCUCCCACCCAUUGGUCCAGAAUAAGCAAUACUUUUUGCGACUUAAAAGAAAUAUUUCUAAAUAUCAGUGUUGAUUGAAUAAAUCUUAUAUGGGUUUGUUUAGAUGUGCUGCUAAAUUUUCUAGACUUUCCUUUAGGUUACGUAAUUUUUUCAGGGAAAGUUAGUGAAUCAGGUCAAAUUAUUUACUUGUAGAAUGUAUGCAUUUACUUUAUUACAGAAUUUAGCCCUUUUUCUUCAUUUAUGUAAUUUCUAGACCAAAUUCAGUAACGUGUUCUGUUUUAUGACAUACUAGAGGCCUGGUGCACGGAUUCGUGCACCAGUGGGGGGGGUCCCUCUGCCUGGCCUGCGGGGAUCAGGCCAAAACUGGCUCUCCAACAUCCCCCGAGGGGUCUCAGAUUGCAAGAGGGCGGUUCUUGGAUGACUCACCCCAGAACCGGGCUCCCUCCUCUCUGGUUCUGGGUCCAUCACCGGAGAACCACUGCUGCCAAGUGACUGCAGCUUAGCAGCUCCUGCAUUGAGCAUCUGCCCCUCGUCAGUGCGCAUCAUAGUUACUGGCCAGUCGGCCGGUCGCUUCGGACUUUAUAUAUAUAGAUUUAGUCAGGUUUUCUAUAUGACGUGUUGUAACAUUUGGGGAAAGGUUUUUUCUUUUAAUAUUUUAAGAAUUCAAAUAUUAAAAAAUAUUAGCAAGUUAAAAAAUAGCAUAACUAGAUUCCUAUGUAAAUUCCAAAUAAGAGUAGCAGACCUCACCUUUAAAGUGUUAUUGAAAUUUCCUUUGAGACAGACAGCAAGUAGGAAUAUCUUUUUCCUCUUAAAGCAAGAAGAAAUAGGAAAAGUGUAUCAGCUGGAAGACAGAAUGUUGACUCAGGGUAGCACAUUAAAUGGAAAGAAACAGUCCGGUGGAUAUGUCAGAACAGUGGUUUCCAGACUAGUUCAUGACCAGGAUUACUCAGAACUGGGUCUCAGACUUAAUUGCACAUUGAAAUAACCUGGGAGACUUUUAAUGUAUUGAUUUUUAAAAAAGACACACUAAAAAAAUCUGAUGCCUUGGUUCCUCCCCCAGAGUUUUGACUUGUCGAUCAGGUGUGCACCAUAGAUUCUGGGAUUUUUCAGAACUCCCAAAGUUCAGACUCUAACAUGCAACCAAGGUUGAGAACCACCUAGGAAGGAUUUUUAGACUGAGAUUUCUGAACUGGGUCCCAGAACUAAUAAGUCAUAUCUCGGAAUCAACGAAGAAUCUCAUUGAAAAGAUCCCUUCCCUUAGUAUAGUUAUAAGGACUGCAGUUUGGGUCCAACUUUGUGAGAUUAAAAUGGUUAGGUACCUAAUGUCACCUACCCAUCUACCUUUCUAGGUAGGAAAAUAAAGUUUGGUUGGUGCCUGUACAUUUCCUUCUUGCAAAUCCUGCUACUCUUAGUCCUGUGAAAACAGUUCAAAAAUCUGUUGAUAAUCACUAUCAUCCUAAGAGUGCAAAGAAUUAUAGAUACUGAAAUUACUUUUUUUUCCCUAUAGGGAGUUAAAUGCUAUAUUUUUUAAUGUUAUAAAUCACUUUCUUUAUAAGUUGUUUUUAGACAAAAUGUACUGACAUGAUUCACUAAUUUUCUAAAUAUAAGUAUUUUAGCUUUUAUUUAUUUUUAAACUAAUGAACUGUUUUAUACUCAUUACUGCUUUCAAUUAAUUUUUAUGGUAUUUUAGGUUCCUUUUGAAUUCCAUGUCUUUCCCGUGUUUUGCACCUCUGAGAAGAAAUUGACCACCUGGGCUAUGGAACUGUGCGUAACAGCUUUUAAAGUGUAUUUAAAAAUUAAGUGUAUAUGCACUUAAAUUAGUUUAUUGGACAUAUAUUAUGUGUAUUUUAAUCAGCUUUCUAUAUAAUAAAUUAUUUUUUCACUAAAA